CCCAUUGGACCUCAUUUCUCCAUCUCACCUUUACCAAAUAUAAUAAUUCCAAACCCAUAUUCCAUUCACCACUCUUAGAUCAAAAUUCAAACACCAUUCACAUUCUCAACACCAAUCUUUUCACUUAGUUAUCAAUUAAUCCCUCAUUCAAUGGCAUCAACAAUAGUAGCAAUGACCCUAAUCAACUCAAACACCUUGAACACAACAAAUUCACCAAAAUUCCCCAACCCCACAAAACUCAUCACGAAAGCCACUUCCCUAAAGAACAUAACCACAACAUUAAACACAACAAAACUAACAACUUCCAUAACAGGAACAGCACUAGCAGGAGCAGUAUUCUCAACACUUGGAACAUGUGACCCAGCUUUUGCAGCACAACAAAUAGCUGAAAUAGCAGAAGGAGGAGAUAACCGUGGAUUAGCACUUUUGUUACCAAUAAUUCCAGCCAUAGGUUGGGUUCUAUUCAACAUUCUUCAACCAACACUUAACCAAAUCAACAAAAUGCGUAACUCAAAAGGUGUUAUCAUUGGUUUGGGUCUUGGUGGUUUAGCUUCUUCAAGUUUUAUUUCAACUAAAGAUGCAAUGGCUAAUGAUAUCGUUUCCAUUGCUGAAGCUAGUGGUAGUGACAAUAGGGGUCAGCUUCUGUUGUUUGUUAUUGCUCCAGCUAUUCUUUGGGUUCUUUACAACAUUUUGCAACCUGCUCUUAAUCAAAUCAACAAAAUGAGAUCAAAGUGAAACUUCACUUUAUAUAAAUAAAAAUAAAAACUACUUUUUGCAUGUUGUUUUCUGUUAGUUAGUUUUUCUUUAGCCAUUCUGUUGUAACCGUUUACCAAUUCAUGUUGUAUAAGCAAUUGUACUUUCCUCUUUCUGAAUUAAACUGAAAGAUAUUAUUCAUUCUUACUGUAAUAUGAUAUCAAAUUAAAUAUUUUGUUACUCUUUUAUGUUC